AAUUUCGUUUCUCACAGACUCUUAUCUGGAUGUCUGUAAAUCCGGCUGGACUUUCAGCUUCUAAGAACAGUCCGUUUCUCGAGGAUCCAGACGCAGGAGGACAGAGCAAUGGGUGAGAGAACUCCUCACGCUGCAGUGCCCAAACCAGGUUAUCCAGAAUCUGAAUCCAUCAUGAUGGCCCCCAUUUGUCUAGUGGAAAACCAGGAAGAGCAGCUGACAGUGAAUUCAAAGGCAUUAGAGAUUCUUGACAAGAUUUCUCAGCCCGCGGUGGUGGUGGCCAUUGUAGGUCUAUACCGCACAGGAAAAUCCUAUCUCAUGAAUCGUCUUGCAGGAAAGAGCCAUGGCUUCCCUCUGGGCUCCACGGUGCAGUCUGUAACUAAGGGCAUCUGGAUGUGGUGUGUGCCCCACCCCUCUAAGCCAAACCACACCCUGGUCCUUCUGGACACCGAGGGCCUGGGUGAUGUGGAAAAGGGUGACCCUAAGAAUGACUCAUGGAUCUUUGCCCUGGCUGUGCUUCUAAGCAGCAGCUUUGUCUACAACAGCAUGAGCACCAUCAACCACCAGGCCCUGGAGCAGCUGCACUACGUGACUGAGCUAGCAGAGCUAAUCAGGGCAAAAUCGUGCCCCAGACCUGAUGAAGUUGAGGACUCCAGCGAGUUUGUGAGUUUCUUUCCAGACUUUAUUUGGACUGUUCGGGAUUUUACCCUGGAACUAAAGUUAGAUGGACACCCCAUCACAGAAGAUGAGUACCUGGAGAAUGCCUUGAAGCUGAUUCCAGGCAAGAAUCCCAAAAUUCAAACUUCGAACAUGCCUAGAGAGUGUAUCAGGCAUUUCUUCCCGGAACAGAAGUGCUUUGUCUUUGACCGGCCUACAAAUGACAAACAAUAUUUAAAUCGUAUGGACGAAGUGCCAGAAGAAAAUCUGGAAAGGCAUUUCCUGAUGCAAUCAGACAACUUCUGUUCUUAUAUCUUCACCCAUGCAAAGACCAAGACCCUGAGAGAGGGAAUCAUUGUCACUGGAAAGCGGCUGGGGACUCUGGUGGUGACUUAUGUAGAUGCCAUCAACAGUGGAGCAGUACCUUGUCUGGAGAAUGCAGUGACAGCACUGGCCCAGCUUGAGAACCCAGCGGCUGUGCAGAGGGCAGCCGACCACUAUAGCCAGCAGAUGGCCCAGCAACUGAGGCUCCCCACAGACAUGCUCCAGGAGCUGCUGGACGUGCAUGCAGCCUGUGAGAGGGAAGCCAUUGCAGUCUUCAUGGAGCACUCCUUCAAGGAUGAAAACCAUGAAUUCCAGAAGAAGCUUGUGGACACCAUAGAGAAAAAGAAGGAAGAUUUUGUGCUGCAGAAUGAAGAGGCAUCUGCCAAAUAUUGCCAGGCUGAGCUUAAGCGGCUUUCAGAGCACCUGACAGAAAGCAUUUUGAGAGGAAUUUUCUCUGUUCCUGGAGGACACAAUCUCUACUUAGAAGAAAAGAAACAGGUUGAGCGGGACUAUAAGCUAGUGCCCAGAAAAGGAGUUAAGGCAAACGAGGUCCUCCAGAACUUCCUGCAGUCACAGGUGGUUGUAGAGGAAUCCAUCCUGCAGUCAGACAAAGCCCUCACUGCUGGAGAGAAGGCCAUAGCAGCGGAGCGGGCAAUGAAGGAAGCAGCUGAGAAGGAACAGGAGCUGCUAAGAGAAAAACAGAAGGAGCAGCAGCAAAUGAUGGAGGCUCAAGAGAGAAGCUUCCAGGAAUACAUGGCCCAAAUGGAGAAGAAGUUGGAGGAGGAAAGGGAAAACCUUCUCAGAGAGCAUGAAAGGCUGCUAAAACACAAGCUGAAGAUACAAGAAGAAAUGCUUAAGGAAGAAUUUCAAAAGAAAUCUGAGCAGUUAAAUAAAGAGAUUAAUCAACUGAAAGAAAAAAUUGAAAGCACUGAAAAUGAAGAGUUAAGGCUUUUAAAGAUCUUUGACAUAGCUAGCAACAUAAUGACUGUCGCUCUACCUGGGGCUUCUAAGCUGCUUGGAGUAGGGAUAAAAUAUCUUGGCUCACGUAGUUAAAAGCCUGAAUAUUCCAGGGUCCCACUUUGACACCCAGGCUGGAGUGCAGUAGCACAA